AUUAGAAAGAGAGAUGCCUGAGAGUACUAUACCGUUAUGAAUUCCUGUGUCUUAGCUGCUCAUGUGUUAUUGCUUUAUAAUGUUAAUGCUUUAUGUUGUUAAUGUAUUCCAAUUUGUGCCGCUUUGGCAUUAGCUGUAAGGUGCAAAUUGUUAUUUGAAAUAAAUAAUAAAUAAAUUAGCGAAUUUCGGUCUUCACGGUAGGCCCCCUGUUCGCCUGCCAAGUCUCGGUAGGCAUGUAAACAUAGCAUAAAACUCAUUCUUGUCUAUGUAUCUAUAUUAUACUUUAUUUUGUAUCUAUUAUACUCUACCAUGACUACACUAGUAGAUUUGACAAUUUGAGUGUUAGAUAACCUCAAAUCUGAUGUUUAUUUAUUCAUUUAAUUAUCAUACUGUGUGAAAUAACUACUGCUGAUUCUAAUAGAACAAUAAUGGGUCAUAUGCAUAUUUAAAAUAUCGUGUUCAACAUGCAUGUUGUGGUGUUGAAGUUUCGCGGUAUGAUCAGACUGUAUCAAAAUGCUCUUGUUCGGCGACCGUAUUUAAUGCAAGCUAUUCAAAGUGGAGCUUUAAUGGGAGCCGGCGACUUGAUAUCACAGACAUUAAUAGAAAAAAAACCAUUGAAAGACCUCGAUUACAAGAGAACAUGUCAGUUUGCAUCUAUAGGCCUUUUUGUCGGUGGGCCAGCACUUCGGGUCUGGUAUGGAGUGCUACAAAAAUACAUAGGGAAACAGGGCAAAGCAGUUGCUCUUAAGAAAGUAUUUGUUGACCAAGCUAUAUUUGCCCCAACAUUCCUGUUCAUGAUCCUUGCAACCGUGGGCACUAUGCAGGGCAAAAACUGGGACACUGUGCAAACUGAGAUUAAGGCUAACUAUGUUGAUGUGUUAAAGACCAAUUAUUUGAUUUGGCCAUGGGUGCAACUUGUCAAUUUUUAUUAUGUGCCACUACAAUACCAAGUCCUUAUUGUCCAGGCUGUUGCAUUGUUUUGGAAUACAUAUUUGUCUUGGAAGACCAACGGGCAACAAUAAGGCAGUCAUGUGUACAUGAGCAUUUACUUUCAAAGUUAACUAAGUAAAUUUAAUAGUCAUCUGGAAUUACCUUCUCAAUUUUAGGAUGCAUAAUAUUGCAACAAAAUAUGCGUAAAUAUUGUUACUUUAAAUAAAAUAUACUAAAGCCUUGUAUUAUAUUCAAAAAACUUUUUUUAUAAAUUUAAACCUUGGUGUACUCAUACAGUAAAUUGGAAUGGAUUAUUGUUCAAGAAAAAAAUUGUAAAAAAAACGAAAUUAUACUUUAAUUGUUUUAUAAAAGGUUUAAAGUUUGAAACAGGUGUACUUUGUAGUGCACAUUGGACCUUACGAGGAUUUGUUUAGCAACUUGUGGCCUGGAAAAUUCAAUUAAAACAAAAAAAUGUCUUAUCUUUACAAAUGGGGAAUGUAACAUGGAUUUUUUUUGGUACAUGAUAUUACUUUGAAGGGUUAUAAGACCCUGUUUUACUAUUUAAUGUAAAUAAUAUAGUAUCAAUGGUCUAGACCACUAUCAUACUAUAUAGAUAUACAAUAUGUUUGGACAGCUAUGGUAUACCUGUUAAUCAUGUAUAGUAUGCUGAAUUUUAUUGACAAAUCACCCCCAUACCUUUUAAAUUACACCCUUUUAAAGUUUUAUGGCACCAAACAUGGGCAAACUUAGUAAAUUAAACAUUAUCUGUGCAAAUAUAGGUCCCACAUGUGUAAAAGAGGUGUCAUUUGGUAGAUUAAGAAUUAGGGCAAAAAUGUCAUUAUAGGACUACAUAUUCAUAAGAUUUAAUGUAUAUUUUGAAUGAAAAAAUGUGUUGCGCUGGUAUCUUCUCAGGGCUGUGGUGUAGGGUUAAGGGGCUUUAGUUUUUGAGAUUCAUAAGGCCAUUAUAAUAUGCCAAAUGGAAGAAUAAAGACUUUCAUUUUCAUUACAAAAUGUUACAGAAAAGUUACCACAACAUUGUCCAAACAUAUUGUAUAGCACAAGUAUUAUACAAAGUAUGUGUGCAUAGACAAAUUAGGGUAAUCUACCUUGUUCUCGCCACCACAUCAUUAAUUAUCCCCAUGAACAAUUUUACAAUUCACUUAAUAUGAGUAUGAGACCUUAAAUUAAUAUUUAAGAGUCCCCGGCAAGCUCAGCCAAAUUUCACCUUCUCAUAUAAACGGAGUUAGUUCUCAUUUUAAAACUACGUUGGAUUCUAAUGAAACUUUGCACAUACAACGGCAUGAGGUAUAUCUAGCCCUGUAAUUCUCCAGUUUAUAAAACAAACGAAAUAGAGCAAAAACAAGUUCUGUCUGAAAAACUUAAAUUCUCUGUAUUUUUUUGAAUAUGGUAUCUGAAGCUACAUUAACUAAUUACAGGACUAGAUAGAUAUACCUUAUCCUAUUGUAAGUUCAAAGUUUCAGAACAAUCUAGCUAGUCGUAUUAAAAUGAGGGUGUAACUACGUUUGUAUGAAGAACCGAGCUUAUACACAAUACACGGGUAAUCAUUGGGUAGGUUACUAUGUUUGUAUACUUUACCAUCUCUAUAAAUGAAUAAAAAUAUUAUAAUAAUUUGUAGAUUAUAUUGA